AUGUCAUCCGAUGGAGAAUUCACCAGAACACAGAUCUUUGGUACUGUAUUUGAAAUAACCAAACGGUAUACCGACUUAAACCCAGUGGGUAUGGGUGCAUUUGGUCUUGUUUGUUCUGCCGUUGAUAAACUUACUGGUCAAAAUGUUGCUGUCAAGAAAAUUAUGAAACCAUUUCUGACUCCUGUAUUAGCUAAAAGAACUUAUAGAGAAUUAAAAUUAUUAAAACAUUUAAGACAUGAAAAUUUAAUUUCAUUGGAUGAUAUUUUCUUAUCACCUUUAGAAGAUAUCUAUUUCGUUAAUGAAUUACAAGGUACUGAUUUACAUCGUUUAUUAACUUCAAGACCUUUAGAAAAACAAUUCAUUCAAUAUUUUACUUAUCAAAUCUUAAGAGGUUUAAAAUAUAUCCAUUCAGCGGGCGUAAUCCAUAGAGAUUUAAAACCUUCUAAUAUUUUAAUCAAUGAAAAUUGUGAUUUAAAGAUUUGUGAUUUCGGUUUAGCUAGAAUUCAAGAUCCUCAAAUGACUGGUUAUGUUUCAACAAGAUAUUAUAGAGCUCCAGAAAUUAUGUUAACUUGGCAAAAAUAUGAUACAGAAGUUGAUUUAUGGUCAGUUGGUUGUAUCCUUGCUGAAAUGAUGGAAGGUAAACCUUUAUUCCCCGGUAAAGAUCAUGUUCAUCAAUUCUCUAUAAUAACAGAAUUAUUAGGUUCCCCCCCUCCUGAUGUUAUUGAUACUAUUUGUUCAGAAAAUACUUUACGUUUCGUUCAAUCUUUACCUCGUAGAGAACCAAUUCCAUUUUCAGAAAGAUUCGGUCAUUAUACUCAUAUCGAACCUAAUGCUAUUGAUUUAUUAGAAAAAAUGCUUAUAUUCGAUCCAAAAAAGAGAAUAAGUGCCGUACAAGCUUUAACUCACCCAUAUAUGGAACCUUAUCAUGAUCCAACUGAUGAACCAAUUUGUGAAAGUAAAUUCGAUUGGAGUUUUAAUGAUGCUGAUUUACCAGUUGAUACUUGGAGAGUCAUGAUGUAUAGUGAAAUCUUAGAUUUCCAUCAAUUUGUUGGUGAUGGCCAAGAUGGUAUUGAUGGUAUUCAAGGUCAAACUGUUCCUGCUGAUCUCCCUGUUCAACAACAACAGCAACCACAAGAACAACCAGUUGAACAACAUUAA